CUGUCAGAGAGAUGCUGUGAAGCUCUGGCCUCAGUUCUCAGCUCAGACUCCUCUCGUCUGAGAGAGCUGGAUCUGAGUACCAAUGAUCUGCAGGAUUCAGGAGUGAAGCUGCUCUCUGCUGGACUGGGGAGUCCACACUGUACACUGGAAACUCUCAGCUUGUCUGGCUGCCUGGUCACACAGGAAGGCUGUUCUUCUCUGGCCUCAGCUCUGAGCUCCAACCCCUCCCAUCUGAGGGAGCUGGACCUGAGCUACAAUCACCCAGGAGACUCUGGAGCUGCGCUGCUCUCUGCUGGACUGGAGGAUCCACGCUGGAGACUGGACACUCUCAGUGUGGAGCACGGUGGAGUGUGGAGGCUGAAAUCAGUUCCACAGAGAUAUGCCUGUGACCUCACACUGGACCCCAACACGGCCAACGGACGACUCUCUCUGUCUGAGGACAACAGGAAGGUGACGUGGGUUGGAGAGGACCAGUCGUAUCCGGAUCACCCAGACAGAUUUGACUUCGUGCCCCAGGUGUUGGGUAGAGAGGCUCUGACUGGCCGCUGCUACUGGGAGGUAGAGUGGGAAGGAUGGGUUGAUAUAGGAGUGACAUACAGAGGAAUCACAAGGAGAGGAGGGGGUGAUGACAGCAUGCUUGGAUGGAACAACAAGUCCUGGGUUCUUCAUUGUUCUGCUGGUGGUUACUAUGUCCGGUACAACGGUACAGAGACAGACCUCCCUCUCCUCCCCGCUGGCUCCACCAGAGUAGGAGUGUAUCUGGACCGGCCUGCUGGCUCUCUGUCCUUCUACAGAGUGUCCCCAGGUGGAGGAGGGUCCUCAGACACACUGACACACCUCCACACCUGCUUCUCCUUCAGGAGACCGCUGGACUACAGAGACAUGACCUCAGAGACGUUGAAUCACCCGGGGACCCCUUCUGGAGACCCCCUGCAUAACCCCUCCCCAGUGUGGGGCGUCACUGAAGAACGGUGUUCAUCAUUGACCUCUCUGGAGGCCCUGAAGGUUGUGCUCUGUUCUGGGUGUCCUGGAGGAGAGCUGGGCGUGGCUGGUGGGGUGGGGUUGGCAUGA